AUCCUGUCAUCUGGGAGAAAACGCUAUGCAACCUGGUGAAAGUCAACUGUCAUUUCAGAGGAAAGUCACCUCCAUCUAUAUAGUUGAGGAGUAAGACAGGCAGAAAACCAACAAUAUGCAGGCAGCAUUAUAACUACCAGAAGACAUGUUAUAGAGCACACCAUCUCUAAGUAAACAUACAAGGCAGGAACAUCAUAUCACUAUCUGAAAAUACCCUGAAGGCCUACAAACAUAAGGGUUGUUCACAGGAAGAGUCUCACCACCCCUGUUAUAGAGCCAUGCUGAUGAGCUAUUUGGAGGACCCACUGAAAGAAUUUAAUUUGGGGUUGCUGCCACAGCAAGUGGGAAGUUUCUCAUGCAAAAUGAGGGUUAUGAGAACCGGAAGAGCUUCUGGGAUAUAUCACUGUGUAGUCCGUUGAAAGUCAACCGUCAUUGCAAAGGAACAUAUCGCCUAAGGUCUAAUAAGCCAUGCAAGCUAUCAGAGUGAAAGCAGGUGGCAAGCAGAGUUAUGAGGACUUGCCUUCCUUUCUGUUGCUUCAAACAGAACAGUAGUACCAUUUGUCACAAAGUUGAAUUUAAGGAGCCAUAAAUAAGCAAUCGCUUAUGGGGAGACUGUUACACAUAUUCACAAAAUGUGAAUAAUUUUCUCGAAUUUAAAAGAUCUGUAAUCUGGGAAAACCUGCUAAUAAGGCUGCAAAAAUGUUAAUAGACUUGCUAUUAUUUUUUAUUGUGAAAAAUAAUAGUAAAUACAAAGAAGGCCUAGGCAAUGCCCAUCUGACAGACUUACAUACUUUUUAUUGUGAAAAAUAAUUGUAAAUACAAAAAAAGAGCAAGGCAACGCCCAUCUGGCCUUCUGUAGCACUGCAUUAUUUUUUAAUUGUAGAAAAAAUAUUGUAAGUAAAAAAAAAAAGUAGUGACCAAAAAAAAAACGCCUGGGCACUGCGCAUGCGGCCUUUUGUAGCACAUUCUAAUAAACAUCUUAUUCUAUAAUGUAGGUAAUUCCGCGAUUGUUAAUAUAGAUCUUGACUUAAAUCUGCGAGAACACUGUAAAUAAUCAGUACAAUUACCUCUUUUUACUUUUCUUACAUAUCUAUUAGCACUGCAUUACGAUAGAGAUGCAUCAUUCUGCCAUCUGUGAAAUAUUACAGACUACAAAGCUAGUAUGUAGUUCAGUAUUUACUCAACAGGUUGCUCAUGUAUCGCCGCGGGUCGAAACAAACUACACUAACCGGCAAUCAAAAGUACAAGCCCAACAUGGCGGCAGAAAGGCCGCUGGAGCAGAACACAUUGGAAAUUAGAACCAAAAGUAUCGAGCAAACUCUUAUACCCCUAGUAAAACAGAUCUCGACUCUAGUGACCCAUCGGGAACGGCCACUAUGUUCAGAGCGCAGUCUGAGGGCUGUGGCACGGGUUGGGCAGGCUGUGAAUCUGGCUGUGGAGAGGUUUGUCACAGUGGGGGAAACAAUAGCAGAUGACAACCUUGAGAUCAAGGAGGAUAUGUACGAGGCAUGCAAAGAGGCACGUGCAGCUGGCACUGCUAUUGAAAAGCUAUGUGAGGCUGCUCUGGAAGAUUCCCUGACAGACCGAGGAGCUGUUGUCCGGGCUGCGCGAUGUUUGCUUGGCUCCGUCACGAGAGUUCUGCUGCUGGCAGAUGUCGUAGUUGUAAAACAGCUGCUACUUGCGAAGGACAAGGUUGCUCGAAGCUUGGGUCGGCUGGAGAGUGUAACAAACUUCACCGAGUUUGUGAAGGCAUUCAGCCAGUUUGGGGCAGAGAUGGUGGAGCUUGCUCACCUCACAGGGGAUCGUCAGAAUGACCUCAAGGAUGAGAGGAGAAAGGCACAAAUGGCAGCAGCGCGACAAGUACUGGAGCGCUCGACGAUGAUGCUUCUUACCUCUUCCAAGACUUGUUUACGGCAUCCUGAUUGCCCGUCUGCGCGGGAGAACCGUGACACAGUUUUCUGCCAGAUGAGACGUGCUAUGGACCUGAUACAUUACGUUGUUAAAGAUGGAGUAAUGGACUCAGCUGCACAGCUGGGUGAUACCAUAUCUCCUGUGGAUCAACAUGGUGCUAGUGAGGAUGACUGGGAGGUGAGCCUCACCGUGUCUGGAGGAUUGAAGCAGUUGGAAGAUCUCGUGGAAAUGACUCGACUUACUCUCCUGGGACCUGACUCAAAAGAACGACUAACUCAGGCAUUGGACACCAUAGCCGAGCGGACACAAGAUUUCACAGACUCGGCCUAUACGAGCCAUGAGCACCGUGAGAACAUUCUUCUGUUGUGCGACCGUGCUAAGCUCGAACUCAAUCAGCUGCUACGUGUCGGUGUCAGUCUGGAACAAACGGAAGGCAGCUCGCCAACCCAUGAGAUGGAGCAGGCAGUCAUGGCACUUCUCCAGGCAACACGUGACCUGAGGCACCAACUUCAAGCCACCACUAUGGCGCAAGCUGCAGACCUUACUUCUGUCGUGAACGCCGGGCGUGACAUGGUGAAUGUCAUUCGAAAUGUAGCAUUAGCCUCUGACACGGAUCGUUUGAUGGAAUGCGCUGAUAAGUUUCAUGAAUACAUAGAACACAUCCUAGAGGUGUGCAAAUUGUUGCGGCACACUGCUUCCACGGAUAUGCUCCAAGUAUCGGCAAAAUAUGCAGAAAUCAACCUCAGGAUAUACGGACCGCAGGUUGUAACUGCGGCACAUACGCUUUCUAUUCACCCUACCUCGAAAAUUGCCAAGGAGAAUUUGGAAGUUUUCGCCGAUAUGUGGGACGCGCUGGUAUCGGAUGUGACUGCUGUUGCCAAGGAUGUGGUCGAUCUUUGUGGCCGUUCCAUGGAUGACAGCAAGCAAGUGUACAUGUCCCUUCCUAGACCAGGGAAACAUGGUACAACCAGUAAACCUUUGAAGCCUGUUCGAUUGGAUUCUGAGGAACAAGCUAAGAUUGCUAAAGCUGGUCUCGAGAUGAAGCUGAUUACAUCAGAGAUGGAUGCCGAAACUGAUAAGUGGCAGGAGAGUGGUGGUGGAGGUGCUGCUUUGGAGGAAAACAACGACAUAGUGAAGCGAGCGAAGAACAUGAGCAGUAUGGCCUUCUCCAUGUACCAGUUCACAAGAGGAGAAGGUGCUCUGAAGACGACACAGGACCUCUUCACCCAGGCCGAGUACUUUGCCGAGGAGGCCAACAGGCUGUACAAAGUGGUGCGGCAGUUCUCAUAUCAGGUUCCUGGAGGAAUCCAUAAAAAGGAGUUACUGGAGAAUCUGGAUCGUGUUCCUACGUACGUGCAACAGCUGCAGUUCACAGUGAAGAACCCCACAGUUGGCAAAGCUGCCACAUUCACGAAGGUGGACAAUGUGAUUCAGGAGACCAAGGGCCUUAUGGAUGUAAUUUCUAAAGUGGUGACGACGUGUUUCACUUGCGCCACCAAAUAUAACCUUGACUUCCGCGGACUGUCAUCACGAAGCGGCGUGUCAGGUUCCCCAUUCAGAGAGGAGGAUGGAACUGGAGCAGGAGCCGGUGGCGAGGGCGGAAAGUUGGGCACCGGGUCAGGAACGGACCCAUCCAUCUGACAGUUUGGAAUGGCCCGUCGGGCCAAGGGAGAUGCACGACGUACACGAGUCUCCUUCUUGCUCUUCUAGAUGGACACCGUUCAUCUUGGGCUGUAAUAACCCAGGAAGACUGAGCCUUCAAUAGGGUGAUUCAUUGGCUGCAGACACCAAUUUUGUUUCAGGGUCAUGUUGGAAGGUGAGGUGCUGGAAUUGAGGUUUCAGUAGUCUUUUGAUGUUGCACUAUAUUUGCACACCUCUAGAUUAUUAUUCUUGCUGCUAAAACCUGAUUUUAGGUUAGGACAACUCUCACAUAAAGGCUUGCUAGGUCCUUAUUAUGGGAAGUGCUAUGAUCCCAUGGUUGGUGGCUCAGAUUUUUGCAAGAACAGUAUAGGAAUAGGCAGACAGGCAUCCAUUCUCAAAGCAGGACUUGCACCUGUGUUCCUAGUGUUAAUGCAAGCUGCAAUGUGCAUAUCUUAAACCCGUCAUGAGUUUGAACUGUGUAGAUUUUCCAGUCAUAUGACAUCUCAGAAUUGACAUUUUUUUUUUAAGCUAAUGUUGAAAGUGGAGUUAAUUUCAUAAACUUAUUUCCAUGUCCACUUUAUUGAUUGAAAAAAAUGUUUUUUAACAACUGCGUGCCUUAAAAUUUUUUUGUAGUUUUCCUGUUAAAGUGGGUACCAUUCUUUUUUGAGAGUUCGGGUUUUCUUCUGGGAUGUGACAUCAUGUAGUCUGGUGGAUCAUUACACUAUUUUGAGAGGAAAUAUAGCCUUCAUCUCCAAUUUUUACCCUUCUACCAUGAAGAUGGGGGCAGUGUAUUCCUCCAAAAUAUUAAUAAUGUUCUACCACAUUACAUGGCGUCACAUCGUAGACAACUGUGAUGAUCGGAUAUCAUUUUAGAUUUCAGAUUGUGGUCUUUUGGAAUGUAGUGCCAUGUAGUAUGUUAGGUAGAUACCAACAUUUUGUAACAGCCUGCUAUCUUCAUCUUCUGGCAGCAUGUUCAUCCAAAACAUUGGUACUGUCAGGUGUCACAGCGACUAAAUACAGGGUUCUGAUUGGUAAUUGGAUUUAUUAACCACCUGCAGGUCAUAACUACAGUUAGUUCUUACACUCUCAAGACUGCUGUAACUAUUUUCUUUUGAACUUCGGAACUCAAGUGAAGUCCAUCUAUUACUCGCUCCUCCAGCUUACGACUGACUGCAAACAGCCUUUGCUGUCCCCCACAAACCUUUGGCAUAGACCUACAGAAAACAUGUCACGUGAUCUCUAUCCACGUUGUGUGAUGUCACUGCCUACACGGUGUGUAUUUAGUGAGCCGUUGCUUAGAAGUUAGCUGCAUAACCCCAUUGUUCCACUGCAGCUCAGUGCAGAUGGCUUAGAAAACACAUCUUCAUCUAUUGUUGAAUAUUGGACCGUGUUUACAGAGCCAUUGCCUGGCAACAUGUUAAUCAGAUCUGUUACAGUACCUGUUAACAUUAUUACAUGUCAUAUUCCAGAAGAUUAUGACCUGAAUUCUGACCACUAUACUCUUUGGUCACAUACAAUACCUCUUUAGCUUUGAAAUUGUGUUUUAUAAUGAGAGAAAUGUGAAUAGUUAGGACCACAAUCUCAACAUAAUACUACCUUUUUGUCUUAAAAUAGUAGAAUGUAUCAUUUUCACUAGUUUUCUUUAAUCCAAAGAAGAGGGACCAGUCUACUAGGAUUUAGUUUUGUACUGAACAUAAAAUUCUUCUAGUGGUGAGUAAAUGCCUGGCAUUACACAAGGUUUGUAAAAUGUAGAUUAUACACAAAUGUGGCAAAUACUUGGACUUUAGUCUCUUUUACAGACAAAUUUCAGAUGUAGAUCUAUGUCCUCUGUGUACAAUGCAUUUCUAAGGACAAAUAUUCUGCUUUCAGAGUUGAAGUCACUCUUCACCUCCUGUUAUGCCAUGAUAUUGUGAAGAAAAUAUUUCCUGCUAUCUAAUGGUAAAAGGUUAAAAUGAAAUGGGGUUUCCAUUGAAGACAUUCAGACCUGACAAGAGAUUUAUUAGACAUUUGAAACUUGUCCAUUGUCACAAAAAAGGCAAGAUCUUGUAGUCAUGUUUUGAACAGUUGUGACUUAGAAAUUGUGAGGUUACUCAUGCUCACAUGUAUGCAAGUUUUAGAGAGACUUUAUGUUGAUCUACCCAUAUACCCAGAUGAUAUUCCUGUUUCACCUUCACUUUUAUUUUCGCCUAUAUAUGUGUGACAUGAGAAAAUGUGAUCAUGGAAAUAUUAAUGCCAAGAUUUUGAUGAAUUCAGCCCCCUGAAUACAGGAAAGUAGUUUUUUGAUUUCUGGCUCUCUGCCUUCAUAUACGAGUAGAAGUUGAAAAUAUCUGUUUAGAGGAACCCUUGUGAGAUAUCUUUCUGUGUUAUAGAAGAAACAUAUCCUCAGAUGCACAUUUAAACUUUAUCCACUGAAACAGCGGUUCCUGCCUUUGUAUAUAGAAAUGUUUUCCAUCUCUAAAGCGGACAAUUAUGACAAAGCAAGGAAUAAUUAUGUAAAUGUUCCGAAUGCUACAACAUUAUCAUAAGAUAACAGAAGCUGUAGGUGACCAUGUUGCAUUUGGCCAUUGAAGUUUAAAGUGAAUGCAGUAAGCACCAUGGUAAAAUAAAAUUCCGUACUAAUUCACAUUUACCCCGUGGAAGCCUAGUUGGUUGAGGCACUAAGCUACAAGCUGGAAGGUUGCGUGUUCAAAUCCUGAUGAAGUCAUUGGA